AUGGGUGAAGUGGAGAGGAAUUGCUACGGUGUGGUGAUCGAUGCAGGGUCAUCUGGCUCAAGAAUAUAUGUCUAUAAGUGGGAGGAUCCUACGUUUCUUUUACAGCAUACUGAUGAUCAGCAACUAUUACACUCUGUUCCUAAGAUUUUUCAGAACAAGGACUGGACAUACAAAGUCACCCCAGGUCUUUCCUCAUUCAAGAGUAGGCCAAAAAAGGCUUUUUCGAAACAUAUUAAGCUUUUGCUGGAGUUUGCUUCGGAAAUAAUCCCGGAGGAGAAGCUUCACAGCACUCCUGUGUUUAUACAGGCAACCGCUGGUAUGAGAUUGUUACGCAAAAAAGAGAGAGACGAUAUAAUAAAGAGUUUAUGCCAUGGUAUAAAGCACUCGACCGCAUUUCUUCUCGAGAAUUGCGAGUCUCAAAUUCAGGUGAUUGAUGGGGAAAUUGAAGGUCUUUACGGCUGGUUAAGUUUAAAUUAUCUUUAUGGGCAUUUCAAUAGUUACGAAGUGUCUAGACAAGACCAUUUCACUUUUGGUUUCAUGGAUAUGGGUGGCGCUUCCACACAAAUUGCAUUUGCGCCUAGUGACCAAGCAGAAGUUUCUAAGCAUUCAGAUGACAUAGCCUCACUAUCUCUGAGAAGCAUCAAUGGGGAUAUCCAAGAAUGGAAUGUUUUUGUGAGUACAUGGCUCGGCUUUGGUGCAAAUGAGGCUCGAAGAAGAUACCUUGUUCAGCUAAUUAACAGCUUACCUGAAAAUUCAAACAACUACCAUGGUGAUGAUUACAGCAGGACUGAAAUUACAGACCCUUGUGUUCCGAAUGGUUGCAAGACAAAAUUUAAAUACGACGGUCAAGAGUUUAAGAUAUAUGGCUCCGGGAACUAUGAGCAGUGCUCAAAAUCUAUAUACCCUUUGCUACUAAAGAAUAUGCCUUGCAGAGACAAGCCUUGCCUCUUCAACGGAGUACACGCUCCUCAGAUAGACUACUAUAGAGACAAAUUUAUCGGAACAUCUGAGUACUGGUACACUGCCAAUGACCUUUUUAAACUAGGCGGUAACUAUAACUUUGAAGAAUUCAGCUCACACGUCAAGGAGUUUUGUAGAAUGGAUUGGGAAACCAUCAAAAGCAAUAGCGAGGAUGGGCUCUAUAAUUCCAUCUCGGUCGACCUACUUAUAGAUUCUUGUUUCAAAGCAAAUUGGAUUUUAAAUGUACUACAUGAGGGUUUCAAUCUUCCUAGGGUGGGAAUCGAUAACAUCGAAUCGCCAAAAGAUGGCAAUACUCAUCCUUUAUUUCAAAGUGCAGACAGUGUUCAGGAGAAUGAGCUAUCAUGGACUUUAGGUAAAAUAUUGCUUUAUGCUUGCGGGAGUAUCAAAGCAGGAAUAGCUGGUACAACUGUUGGCGUUAAACCCAGCGAGAAUUCCUUGCUUGCCCACAACUUCUUACCUGGUUCUUUAAGAGAAGUCAGACGUGAUAAGGAUUUAUCGGCUGGGAUUUUCGGAUUUGUUAUAAUACUUUUAGCUAUAAUGAUAUGGUUGAAAUCCAGGGGUAAACCAUCGAAACAUGGCUGGUAUAAAGUUGUUAAUGUCAUGAAAAUGAAAUUAAGAAAAUUCAGGCACUUAGCAAGUGUACCCGAUCCGCAGUCAGAACUAGAACUUGGAAGCUUUGAUAGCAAUGUUACCAACGAGAUUUUUGACGAAAAUAAAGAGGGAUGCAAGUACCGGAGCAAGAGUAUGUUCAAUCUUCCUGCUGAAGCCAUCAAAGAUACGAAGUAUCCAAUUCGAUCAAUGAAAACGCCCAGUAGCCCCUCUUCUCCCAUAAUAUCUACCCUGCCAUUUCCAAAUAAUUCAAAAUUGGUGAGACCUGCCUUUUCAUUGGCGGACUUCUCGAAAUUCAAGGAUGCCAAAUUCAAUGACUAA